AUGGCGGCAAUCGAUUACACCAGAUGGGACCAUCUCGACAGCAGCAGCGACGAAGAAAGCUUUUCAAUGCCCACUCCGCCAACAUCCCCGAAGCAACCGAUACGGCCAAGCAUCUUCGUGCAGCCGAGUCAGCCUCUCCCGCUAGACGCAGAGCUUCGUGCCCAAGUCCUUCGGGAAGAACAAGAACUCGCCGCUUUCGUGCAACGCCAUCCUUGUCCUUCAGAAAACACCAUGAAGGCCUGGCUUCGCAACGCGGCAGAUCACGAAGGCCCGGCCGAAGAAGAUUCCCGGACUUUCUCCCAACUCAUGAGGCACCUGGGCUGGACACCCAAGAAGCUGGGCUGGUUCCACUACCCUUCCUUCCGUACCUUGUGGCAAUCAGCAGGCCAGAGAUGCCCAACAGCUUUUCUGGACCAGCGCCGAGUGGGCAGCGAGCUCUACGAACGAGGAGGGCGCGAGUGCAUGCAAUUCCAUUACUAUGCCCUGCACUAUGCCAUGUGCGGCGACUCCGUCCUUCGCGGCAUCAACAAGCCCCUGCCCGUCUACGGAUUCGCAAGCCACCUGGAAAAGUAUGGGACGGCAUCGGAUCUUGGCUGGCUUGAGUUGGACGGUCUGGACAAGAAGACCGCUGCCUUGUGCGAGACAGCCCCGGUAUACAACUGGCCCUGCGGGGCAAUCGAGGACUGUGAAGCCAUCAUGCAGCCCGAAAGCAGCCGACGGUGGGCCGACAUGACAGACGACGACGGACAGGCGACCGGCUGGGAGUUCGAAGCGUUCAAGAAGGACUACCUGGCAAGGAAGUGCAGCCUCACACUUUUGACGUCCGUGCCCUCCCCAGCCGGAACAAUCAAGAUCGACGAGGCGGGGAAAGCCUCCCCGACAACAGCAGCACCUCGACGGGGCACGUCCAUGUUUUCUGGCGCGAAGCAAAGAACACGCCGGCGAGAAAAGGCGCCAAAGAAGCGACUGCCGUGCCUGCCACGAUGGACGGCCGAUGACGACGAAGCGCUGGAACAGGCUUUCCAGCGGGCAGAGGCGCCGAAAGAACAACCGCCACGGCGACUGCAAGCGACAACAGCCAUCCAGCAACGCUUGCAAGAAGCACCGCUGGACGACUUCGUGCAGAAUCGACUGCGCGACGAGGAGGCGCCGGGCCGGAUUCCGACCACGAAUCGGCAGUACACCCGACAGGAGCACUUUGAGGGCAUGCUGACCAUGAAGAAGAUGACGGGCGACGGCAACUGCAUCUUCCACGCGCUCGCGGAGAAAAGCGGCGAGAACGCGGUCCACCUGCGCUCCCAGAUCAUCCAGUACCUGAAGGAGAACGCGGCGUCCCAAGAGCACGAAGAGCAAGUGGAAGCCUGGUUGGAGGAAGCCGAACACCUCGAAAGCAACCCGAGUAACUGGGGCGGCGACACGGCCGUCGUCGCCUUCACCCUCAUGAGACAGCAGCAAGCGUUCGUGCACUGGCGGGCGUCGGACGGCGAGAUCCGCACGAGCGAGCGCACACAUGUGGAAGUGCGCGAAGAGGCCCGACGGCGCCCCCACGCAGUACCGAACGUCUAUUAUCACGCAAUCCACCUCUGGUACAACGGGAAGGACCACUACGAUGUGCUCGUGCCCAUUGACCAGAC